AUGGCUGCCAACGGGGACCCCGACAUCCACGUCAACUGGCGCGACGGCUACAUGCGCCACGAGGAGCGCGUACUGAUUCUGGGGGCUGCUGGCCGGGACUAUCACACUUUCAACACGCUGUUCCGUGGCGGCGGCCCCCGUGCAUCAGACACUGUUGUGGGCUUCACCCAUGCGCAGAUCCCCCACAUCGCGAGCGCACGCUACCCGGCCGCCCUCGCCGGGCCCAAGUACCCAGAGGGGCUGCCCAUCUGGCCCGAGGCUGAGGUCGAUGACGUCAUCAGGGAGCAGGGCGUCACACAGGCAAUAUUGGCCUACAGGCAAGCGAAGCGCAUCGCGCCCAGUUCGCCAGCGCUGAGGCAUUUCGACAUAUCCUAUUCGGAGGUGAUGGCCCUGGCGGCACGCGUGCGCUCCGCCGGCGCCGCUGUCGUGAUGCUGCCGUGGCACGCGGGCAUGCUGCGCUCCGCAAAGCCGGUGGUGGCCGUCACCGCCACACGCACCGGCUGCGGCAAGAGCCAGGUGCGCUCCUGCCAGACCUAG